ACGUCAUGAUGCCCUUGAUGAAAAAUGUGUUCUUUAGGGCUGCGUAAUUAUUAAUUCUGUGUAUUUUUAACAGGAUGCUCAAAAGACUUGUAAUCUUGAGUGAAAUCAGUGUGUUUCCCCCAGAUUGAUGUGCACACGCACACAAAACAAAAAGCCAGCUGGGCAGCAGCACCACGAAGUAUUAGUGACUUAUCGGGAGGGACAGCACUUAACAUUCACAGCACCCUUCCCACUAAUUAAGCUCACGAACAAGUAGCUCAUAAGAUCACUGCUGCGUUUUUCCCUGGUUAACUAUUUCACCGACAGCAGUAUUUUUGUACAGUAGAUGCGCAGCCUUUGUAAUGAAUUCGGAGUGAAAGGAGCAGCUAAGUUCCCUGCAGAUUAACACGUAGGAAGGGAAACGGAGCCGAGAAGCCCAGGAGCCUGCACGAGUGCCAAAUCACAGCGAGUCGUCCUCCUGACGUGCACUACCGGGGAGCGAACGCUGUUGGUCACCACAACGCACCGGUGCCUUCCUGGGGAACCCAGGCUGAGCGACACGCUGCUCGCUGCUCGGAGGACACACCACCAACUCUACCGCGGUGUUUAUCCUGGGGUGGAGAAAUUGAGAGCGACCUUAACGACGCCGUGCAACACCGCUUCUGUCUGCGGCUGGUGGCGGAGCGAGAGGCAGCGAAACCUCCCGGCUUGCCAAAAACCUGUGCUACGACGUCAGGGUGCCUCUGCAAAGCAGCCGAGCUGUGGUGGUACCUCAAGGCGAGCGGAGUCAGCUUGGGCAGGGAGAACUUCGGAGGCAUCAUGGUGAGUAAGGAGCCCAGCAAAUGCUUACUUACCGCCUCGGAAAGCGAAGUUGAGCCAGCAGCUUCGCUUGCUCUGGAGAUGAAAUAUGCACUGGAUCCCAACCGGCAGAUCAAGAAGCGCAACAAAGCCCUGCAGGUGAGAUUCAAGGAUAUCUGCGAGGCCCAGAACGAGCAGCGGGACAAGCAGCUCUCCGGCAGCCAGGACAGCGACAAGCGAGAAGCGAAGGCCGUCUCCUACAAAACGGCGUACCGCAAGUACAUGACGGUGCCCGCCCGCAGGUCCAUCCCCAACGUCACCAAGAGCACGGGGGUGCAGACCUCCCCGGACCUCAAGAAGUGUUACCAGACCUUUCCUCUGGACCGCAAAAAAGGGAAUAUCAUCAAGAGCGCCUCCACCGGUGACACCUUCAAGGGCGAGAACAACGGGUUUCUCAUAGACCUCAAGGACAAGGAGGGCAGGAGCUCGGGGGAGGAGGGCCAGUGGGGCAGGAAGGCCGGCAGCCUGCAGACGGCCGAGUUCAUCUCCCACGUGGGCGAGCGGGCGUGCGCGGGGGCCUGGCAGGGCGCCGAGCUGCCCGGCUGCCCCCUCCACAACGCGGCCAAGCCGGAGCCGGGGAGCGAGGAGCCCGGCCAGCCCCUCCACGGGAGGGUGUUUAAAACGGAGGUGGCCACCGUUUACCUACCGGCGGGCGGCGCGGACGCCUCGCAGCCCGAGCUGCCUCACCUCGCGGCCGAGCCCGACUGGUCGCUGUGCCCGGCGGGCGAGGAGGACAGAAAGAGGACCGUGCACCUGAAUGGCGUCCAGCCGCAGGCCGGGGACGCGCCCGCCUGCCCGCUGCAGGCCCAGUGCCGAGCCAGCGAGUGUCACGAGCGGAGCCUCCAGGUCGACGUGUCGCCCAUGGAGGGCGCGCAGCCCUGCCAGGCCGCCGUCGCCCUGAGCGAGGAAUGCCAGCAAAUCGUGCCUCACACCGAAGUUGUGGACUUGAAAGCGCAGCUUCAGAUGAUGGAAAAUUUGAUCAGCUCCAGUCAGGAAACCAUAAAGGUGUUGUUGGGUGUUAUACAGGAGCUAGAGAAAGGAGAAGCUCACAGAGAAGGGCUUUCAUAUCGGACUGGUCAAGACACGGCUAACUGCGACACGUGCAGGAACAGUGCGUGUAUUAUCUACAGCGUGGAAUUGGAUUUUAAGCAGCAAGAAGAUAAACUACAGCCAGUUUUGAGAAAACUUCAUCCUAUCGAGGAAACUCAGGUUGCACCUUUGCCUUAUUCUCAGGAGAGCUACUCCUCAACUCCCAAGCAAAAAUCCAAAACUGAAUCAAAAAAGCAUGGAAGAUGGAAACUCUGGUUCCUUUAACCAAGUCCAUUACAUGUGGAGUUCAAGGCCUUCUCUGAAGAAGAUGUGGAGUUGUGUCAAUCACCGACAACGGGAUCUCUGCAGCUUGAUCCGUGCUGCCGGCCGAUGCUGUUCUGACGCCGCCGGCAGCGUUCAGCUCUCACCGUAUGUACCAAAAAGGCCUUUGUACCUAGGAACUCGUGUUCGGGAGCAAGGCGUUACCUGACACCUUGCCAACUUUUAUUUGCGGUUCACCAAUGUGGGAUGUAAAACCUGAAUUGAAAUUUGUACAAAAUGGAAAGUA